CCCGCCGGGCCCCGCCUCCCUCCCCUCCCCGCUUUCAGGGCCGCGGCUCGGGACGCCGCUCUCCGCCCGUUCGGAACCGUGAGAGAGAGAGACGGCCGCGUUUCCCUCCGUUCGCCUCGUUCUCUCAGCCCGAAGCGGGAGGCAAACGGCGGCCGCCCGCUCCUCGCCGCCUCCUCCCGCUCCCCCUCCUCCUCCUCCUGCAGCGGGGGUCGCGUCCUGCUGCCGGGGGGGGGAAUUGAUGUGGAGACCCCGCGCAGCACCAUGCAGCCCCCGCCGAGGAAGGUGAAAGUUACACAGGAGCUGAAAAACAUCCAGGUGGAGCAGAUGACAAAGCUGCAGGCCAAGCAUCAGGCAGAAUGUGAGCUACUUGAGGAUAUCAGAGCGUUCAGUCAGAAGAGAGCUGCGAUCGAGAAGGAAUAUGCACAGAGCAUUCAGAAGCUGGCUAGCCAGUACUUGAAGAAGGACUGGCUGGGAAUGAAAGCUGAUGAACGAGCUGAUUAUAGGAGCAUGUACUCCGUUUGGAAAUCACUCCUGGAAGGCACAAUGCAGGUGGCCCAAUCCCGACUCAAUAUCUGUGAGAACUAUAAGAACUUGAUUUCGGAACCAGCCAGGACUGUAAGGUGCUUCAAGGAACAGCAGCUGAAAAAGUACGUGGACCAGCUGACACGGAUCCAAGCGGAGUUACAAGAGACAGUAAAAGAUUUAGCUAAAGGCAAAAAGAAAUAUUUUGAGACUGAACAGAUGGCUCAAGCGGUGCGGGAGAAAGCUGAUAUCGAGGCCAAGUCCAAACUUAGUCUUUUUCAGUCAAGGAUAAGCUUGCAAAAGGCAAGUGUAAAGUUAAAAGCACGACGGUCGGAGUGCAAUUCGAAGGCUAUCCAUGCAAGGAAUGAUUAUCUUCUCACUCUAGCAGCUGCUAAUGCACACCAAGACCGCUACUACCAAACAGACUUGGUGAACAUUAUGAAGGCUCUGGAUGGGAACGUAUACGACCACCUGAAGGAUUAUUUAAUGGCAUUCAGCAGGACUGAACUCGAGACGUGCCAAGCCGUACAGAACACCUUCCAGUUUUUACUGGAGACUUCCAGCAGGGUGGUGCGAGACUACAAUCUACAGCAGUUUUUACAGGAGAACUCUGUGUUUCACAAACCACAGCCCUUCCAGUUCCAACCGAGCGACAGCGACACUAGUUUUAACACGGUUCAGCUGGUGGACAUCGAGCCCUCACCUGUCAGUGCCAUGAGAAUGACUAUAGCAGAGAGUCGACAACUGGAAUCAGAAACUGGAACGACUGAAGAGCACAGCCUCAACAAGGAGGCUCGGAAAUGGGCAACCCGCGUGGCCCGCGAGCACAAAAACAUCAUCCACAGCCAGAGGACACUUGAAGAGCUGGAAUGCCACGGGCCUGUGAUGUCUGAACAAACCCGAGUGGAACUGGAGCAGAAAAUAGAUGAAGCCAGAGAGAGCAUUCGCAAGGCUGAGAUCAUUAAGCUGAAAGCAGAAGCCCGUCUCGAUCUCCUGAAGCAGAUCGGGGUCUCCGUGGAUACGUGGCUAAAAAGUGCAAUGAACCAGGUGAUGGAGGAGCUGGAAAACGAGCGCUGGGCCAGCCUGCCCUCAGUGACCAACAACGGCUCUGCACACCUGAUUAAUGCUGAUGCAGAGAAGGAAGAAGGUGAAGAGUUUGAGGACAGCAUGGAUGUUUUUGAUGACAGCAGUUCUAGUCCUUCUGGUACUCUUAGAAAUUACCCUCUCACCUGCAAAGUCGUUUAUUCCUAUAAGGCUUCUCAGCCAGAUGAAUUGACCAUAGAGGAACACGAGGUAUUGGAGGUGAUUGAAGAUGGAGAUAUGGAAGACUGGGUAAAGGCACGGAAUAAAGCUGGCCAGGUGGGCUAUGUCCCUGAGAAGUACCUGCAGUUCCCAACAUCCAGUAGCCUGCUGAGCAUGCUGCAGUCCCUUGCUGCACUGGACAGUCGGUCCCACACCUCCAACAAUUCCACAGAGGCUGACCUGGUGUCGGGCAGCCUGAAUGGAGAUUCCAGUGUCUGUUUUGUGAAAGCACUUUACGACUACGAGGGGCAGACAGACGACGAGCUGUCCUUCCCAGAAGGAGCCAUCAUCCGCAUCUUGAACAAGGAGAAUCAGGAUGAUGAUGGCUUUUGGGAAGGAGAAUUCAAUGGGCGUGUUGGGGUGUUCCCAUCGGUGUUAGUUGAAGAACUGACAGCCUCAGAAAAUGGAGAGACUCAGUGGAUUGGAGAUAUUCAGGUGUCCCCCACCCCAAAGCCGAAUCACACCCUUCCACCGCUGCCGCUGUACGACCAGCCUCCCACCAGCCCCUUCCACAGCCCGGACAAAAGAGGCUCCCAGUACUUCCCCAGGUCGCCAUCGACUAACGAAAACAGCUUCAGCUCAGAGUCCCCUGGGUUCUCACAGCCUCCACGACUUCCUCCUGAAACUUCAUACGGCAAACUGCGACCUGUGCGAGCAGCUCCUCCACCCCCAACGCAGCAGCACCACCGCCGGCCGACAGAGAAGAUUGAGGACGUGGAAAUCACUCUGGUGUAACGGUUGGACUCAUUCCAUAGUAGUGCUACAAUCAAGACCAAACCCGGGAUUUGGUCGGUCUCGUUUUUAGGCACCUUUGCAUGAUGAAGACUUCGAAUAGAGCAAGAGAUAGGGAGGAUUUUUGGGACGGUGACACGGCGGACUCCUUCCCACGGUCAUGAAUAUGUUGUGCCUUUUUUUGUUUUGUUUUGUUUUGCUUUCUAUACAUCAUUCUUCCUCUCUUAGCACAAAGCCAGGCGGGCCGAGCAGCGAGCGGAGGAUCGGCACCGAGCAGGUUUCUCUCUUGGCUGAAGAUGGUCAUUUCUAUACGGAGGCUGAGAAAGAGCCUCCUGCUGCAGCCUAGUCACAGCGCCCUUCCAUCACGUGCGUUAGUACAGUAUAUUACUGUUGCCAUAGGAAUGUGUGUUAAAGAUUGUCAAUUCUUCAAGUAGCAUUGCUUGUCUGAUUAGGUAUUAAUCAGAUCUAACGGAGUGAAAAAGGGAACUGAAAAAUGAGUGUAAGGAGAGGCUGGCUCCUCUUUAAUGCCCUCGCGGAAGGAAGAAACAGGAAAAUAAUCUUAUAGGUAAGGAAAAGUGAAGCAGAUCAUACAGCGUUAAUUACAUUAAUGCACACCUCUUCAAUAAUUAACAGUUAAGCAGAACUAAAUGUUCUUUGUAUUAAUAUUUAUGCAGUACAUUUAGUAAUAGAGUAUCUAAUACGGAGGUGCUGAAUUAGUAGCAACAUCUUGUUCCAUAGCAUAAACCAACCGGUAGAGAAGUGAGAUUUUUGUCUAGAUCUGGAAAUUGAGCUUCUUUUUUUUUUUUUUUUCUUUCCUUAACAGAUUUUGGGGGUUUUGUUUUUUAAGUGUUUGGCUCGCUCUUAUCCCAGUUAUCGCCGCGUGCUUUAUUAUCCCACGUUAGCAGUGUAUCUCUGUCACCAAACCACCUGGCUGGAGUUAGGUUACAUGUCGCGUACGUACCUGCCAUGUUUAGGUUCUGCACUGGAUGGCUCUGUAGCAUUGAGCCCCAUAAGGAGCCUCACACAGCUGCAGAGUUCCCUGCUGUCUGCAGACCUCCAGGCUGCUGCUGGGGCUGCGGUCCCAAAUUCCUCUCUCACAACAAAUAGAGGGGAUAUCAAAAUGACUUUUAAACCUCUGGAAAGGAAACUCGGUUUUGUUGUUGUUCAAAAGAAAAUGGGAGAAAUGGUCAGAGGAGAGGGGAGGAGCAGAUGAAAGCAGGUUGUUCUUCAUCUGUGAGCAGUGAACUGUUGUUGGAAGAGCAGCACCCAUCAGAUGAAAGCUCCAGGCAUCACAAGGCUGUUUUCCCUUCUGUGAAUUCUAUGAAAUGCACUCUUUACAUGUUCGUUUUUUUUUCUAUGCCAGUAACAGUUCUGCCUUUAGUUGAGUUCCAAGGGCUACUCUUUGAGGCUGCAUUCACAACAACCAUCCAACCAGAUUUUCACGUCAACUGUGCACCUCCUGUGAGCCCCACCUGGGCUGCAUCUCCAGCUCUGCCCAUCUCCUUCCCCAGCGGCCACUGGGAGAAGAGAGCUCCUUGGUGGGUUCUGGAACCGCUGACUGUCCAAUGAAGUCUUAUUCUUUCGCACCUCUUUGUCCUGUUGAUCUGUUUGAGGUCUUUUUACGUGUUUAUCAAACUUGUUCUUAAGUUUAAAGAAAAAAAAAAAAUGUUUUUAUUAAGAUUUAACUGUUUGCAAAAACGUCGAAAGCUUCACAACGCAGAAGAAAAGCAAGUAUUGCCAUAGUGCCCACCUUCCAUCCCUUCGGCCAGUUGUUUUCUGUGUGUCCUCCAUACGCGGACUUUCAGACUUCAGAAAAGUGUUAUUUAAAGUCUCUUUAGUUGUAUUUUAAAAUAUUUUCUGCAAGAGCUGCUAAUUUUAUUUAAAAAAGGAAAAAAAAAAAAAAAAAAAAGAGGAAAAAGUUGUACAAAUAUGCCUCCUUUUAACUAUGAUUUCUUCAUACAGGGCAUGUAUUCGACGUCUCAUCGUGUACAGUGUCAGUACACUGAAAGCAUCGGUGCAAAUGCUUUCUUUCUAUCGGCUGUAAAAAGUUUGUAUUUAUUAUGUAUAAAAAGUUGAAUAAUAAAAAAGUGGAACUAAAUCCCCAGCGUUGCCCCGAUACGAGGCACUGCUGAAUGUCUUUGUAGAGUCAUAGAGCCACCAAGAUUGGGAAGGACCUCCAAGGUCAUCCAGUCCAUCCAUCCACCAGUACUUCCCACUGCGCCACGUCCUUCAGUGCCACAUCUCCAUGGCUCCUGAACCCCCGUCUGGAUGGGGGCAGCCUCUUUUCCUUCCCGUGAGUUUUUUCUGGGUAACCUUUUCUGGUUUAUUAUCCUUCUACACAGAAAUUUAGAUCUUUUGCUUUUUAUCCACAUACUUAAAGCAAUCUCAGUGUCACUUCGAGGUGGUAUUCAUACGAGGAACAAAACAGUGCCGGAAACGGAGAGCCAGCAACAGAGUUCACAAAAUCACUGCUUAAUGGCCUUUAUGCAGUGAGGAUCACUGCAUCAAGGGGGGAGCGAUUGAUAAUAACUCUCCCAUGUGGUUGUCCCUUCGUGGUGCUGACUGGCUGUUGUGUGAGGAGCCCUUCCCAUGCAGCACGCACCUUACUCACUGGUUGUGCUAUGGCACUCAGUGCUGUUCUCCUAUGCAACCACCAGUGCCAGGCUCUGCUGUCUUCAGUGUCCCACAGGUGGGUGUUGUUCCAUCAGAUAAAGUCUGGGCUUUCAGUGGGCUCUCAGCUGAGCACACGGCUGUGUGAUGCUGUUUGAAUGAUGCUUGGUGCAGGGAUGCAGCACUGUUGGCCCCAAUGCAUCGGUGUUGGAUUAAUCUCCAGUCUUCCAACCCACCUGCUAUCCUUUUCCCCUGAGCUCCUGCAGCCUCUCCCUUAGAGGAAUCUCUGCUCUUUACAUCCAUUCAUGCUCCUCCAAAAGCGCUGUCCUGCCCUGCUGCUCGCUCUGCAUUCCUUCCUGCAGUUUCCCAUUCCCCUGUGUUGUGCCACAGCUCACACCCCGCAGCCAACGCCUGUGCAGGCGAUUGCAUCAGCACUCGUGAUCUCCAGGAAAAUCUCUUCCCCCUGAAGUGCUCUAUUCAUGGAAACAGUCUUUCGUGGAAGCGUUCACUGCAGCGCAGUGGGUGAUGCUGCAGAGGCAGCUGCAGAGUUGUACCUCCAGUUGCAGAUCCACCGUACUACAUACAAACACCAGGAGGGUUGGAAGGACGUUUGCUGCCUGCUGCUCCCCUGCACCUGGCUGGGAAGUGAGCUGGGGAAUGCAGAGAGAUCCAAAACCAGAAAGAGAAAAGAAGGGACAAGAAGAAAGAAGAGUUACUGCAGCCAGGGAUGCAGCAAAUGAGCCAAUAAAACAUGCAGAGAGGAAAAUGCUGACGUGCUCACUGUACCAAGCAGUCUCCUGCUCGCAGUGUAACCCAGGGGGAUUGAGCAUCAUAGAUCUGGUGGAAGGAUCACCGUAGCACAGGAACCUCUGCAUUGCAGAAGCACAGAUUGCAUCCAGAAAAUACACGCACUGCAGUGACACCGGGGAGGUCGUUAGUGGCGCUGAGCUGGAACAGAUGAGAUUUCUGUGGUCUGCAAAUAAGCACAAUAGUCGCUCAGCGGUUCGACUCAGCUGCAUUUGUGUGUGCAGAGACACCCAAGGUCAGGGGCUCUGAGCUGUGGGUGUCCCUGUUCACUGCAGGGAAUGGGAACAGAUGAGCUGAGGGCCCCAGGCGCUCUCUGGUUCUCCUAAAUGCAGUGCUGUGCCUGGAGCUGUGUGCUGGUACUGCUGCAGGUGGAGGAUAUGUGCAGUGCUUGGGCUCAGACCACGGCUUUGCCUCCAGGUCCAGACACAGUGAAUGCAGUGCACGGCUCCAUCUCAACCUGUGGGAUUUCACUGCUGUGGAAUGCCCCAUUUUCAUUCUAAAUCCAUAAUGAGGAUGGGAAUGCAAUUAGUUGGCUCAUUGGAAAGAAGAGGUUGAGUCACCUCCACGCCCAGAGCACUGCUGGCACUGCCCAAAGGUUAACUUUAGCUCUGUGAUGAAGUGCCAUUCUAUUUUGAAACUGCUCUUUUCUUCCAGUCCCAAUUUUUUACCUUUAAAAAAACAAAAAAGAUGUUUUGUUUGUUUUAGAUUUUAUUUUUCUUAAUGCAAAUUCAAGAACAGUUGCUGCAAGGGACAUUUCUGCUCUUAUGUAAUUGGUUUUGUCUGUGCAAUGGCUUCUCUUUUUUUUCCAUCGUUUCUUAAGAGACAAAUGAACUCCCAGGCCCUGGUGCGUUGGGAAUGCUGACAGCAGCUCCUUAAAUCCCACUGCGCAGCUCUUCGUCUUCUCUGGGCUCAGCCGAGUUCUGUGGGCCCAGUCCAGCUUCACCUCUGCGUGAUGGGCAAAUUACUGCAGUAAUGAGCUUCUCCAGGAGGAGGGCCUCGGUACGGGGAAGGACAGACGGAGGGCAGUCUGUCUGCAGGCGCCCGCGCAUCGGGGUGAGCGGCUGUCAGGUGUGGAUGGGAAACAGCAACAACCUUGGAUUCACUUGAAUGUACUUGCCCGAGGAGAUAGGAGAGGCUGAUAAUUAAAAGUAUGGCUACAAGGGUGCUUUUUCUUAUAUGAAUAUGAUAUACAUUAUUAAUUUCAAGUCUUCCUUCAUAAGAAUAUCCUGGUUUCUGAAAAGCGAGGCAUGAUCCGUUGCAUUGUGCAAAUCCAAGGAUGCCACAACACCAUGGGAUGGAGUGGAUCCCUUCGCCAGCUCUGCUACAUCCAAAGCACUCGGACUGUGCAAACCAGCCAGGAAGCAUUCAGUCCCGCUGGGCUUCUCCCCCUGCAGUGGGUCCUCUUUUCACACAAUCACAGAAUGAUUUAUGUUGGAAAAGACCUCUCAGAUCCACAGCCCAACCCCAGCCCACCCCACCAUGCCCUCAGUGCCUCAUCCCCAAGGUUUUGGAACGCUCUCAGGAAUGGUGACCUCCCCAACUCCCUGAGCAGUCUGUGCCAGUGCCUGACUGCUCUUUUGGAGGAGGAAUUUUCCCUGAUAUUCAACCUCCCCAGGCACACAACAUGAGGCCAUCGCCUCUCAUCCUGUCAUCCAGGGUGCACUGCAUCUGUCUGUUUUUCUGGCACUUUUUA